UGACAAGCAGCUGUUCUAUCAGUCUUAUGUUACAGCUCUCACAUGUGACUUUCCUGCGUGCAGUGUAACCGAGUUUUGUAUCAGAGACUAAUUUCUAUCACCAAUAACACAAUGGAGCCGUCUAUAAUAAUAAAACCUGGAGCCACGAAAUGGGACAUCCGUCAGAAAGUUUGGGACUACAUCGAAGACAAUAAUCUGGCUAAUUUCCCCAGGCCUGUCCACAACAGAAUCCCUAAUUUCAAGGGUGCAAACCAAGCAUGCGACAGACUUGCAGACCUACACGAGUUCAAGUCCAGCCAGACAGUCAAAGUAAACCCAGACAAACCCCAGCAGCAGGCGCGCUUUGUCACUCUGGAAGCGCGGAAAACUUUAUUGGUCCCAACUCCUCGUCUUCGUACCGGCCUCUUCAAUAAAAUCACUCCUCCCCAGGGAGCCAGCAAAGAACAGCUACGCAUAUGCUCCUCCUCUCAGGGUGUGAAAGACUUCAGUGUGCCCGUUGGCCUUGAUGCGAAGAUAAAGGUCGACCUGGUGGUGGUCGGCUCUGUGGCGGUGUCAGAGAAAGGCUUGCGGCUUGGAAAAGGAGAGGGCUACGCCGACAUUGAGUACGGCAUGAUGGCCUCAAUGGGAGCUGUGAAUGAGUCCACUGUGGUGGUGACUGUUGUCCAUGACUGCCAGGUGGUGGACAUUCCAGAGGGGUUGAUAGAAAGCCAUGACCUGACUGUGGACUACAUCCUCACACCCACCAGAGUUAUUAAAACUAACUGUGGGAUCCCCAAGCCACAGGGAAUCAUCUGGACUAAGCUGGACACAGAAAAGCUGGAGAAGAUCCCCAUCCUGAAGAAGCUGCGUGCUCUAGAGGAACAGGCUGGAAAGGAUGUAACACUGGGGGUGGCGCCCACUACAUCAGAGCCUGGUGUGCAGACCGGUCAACCCAAAAGGCAAACCAGACGGAGGCCAAAGCAGAACAUGCAGCAAGAAGGCGAGGGAGAAUCCAAAGAGGAGAAAAUAGCGGAGUCAGAACAGAGAGCUAGACAGCGCCCAGCUAGAGUGAGGAAAGACAGCAGAGGAGAUGGUGGGGGAGACCAAGAGAGAGAGAUCAAUAGGAGAGGAAGGGGAAGAAGAGGAGAGAACAUGAGGGAGAAGGGCCAAGAGGAGGGUGGAGGUGAAGUGACUUCUCAGCGUAAGCUCCCUCUGAAUGUGACCACAGUUUACCUGGGGGGAAUCCCUGCGGGGCUGCGUGUUAGCGAGCUGAAAACUGCCCUCAGAGAGAGAGAGGCCGCCCCACUGAGGCUCACCUGGCAGGGAGCUCAACACAGGGCCUUCCUGGACUACAGCGACCCUCAGGCUGCAGCGCAGGCCCUGGAGGCUCUGCAGGAUCUCAGUCUGAAUGGUCACAGUCUGCAGGCUGAGCUGGCCAAGAGCCAGCGUGGAGGCAAGAGGUCCGGAGCGUCCAAUAGGAGACCAAGACCAUCAACAGGUCCGAAAUCCAAAAUGGCACCGCCAGAUACUGAGAGUGACACCAAUGAAAAGACCGAGCAAUAAUAUAAUAAUAAUCAGCCCGGGAAAUAUUAAAUGUGGAGCAACCUUAAAUGCCUUAAGAAGAAUUUAGUUUUUUGUUUUUUUUUAAUAUUUAUGGAUUUAUGACAAGCGGACAUGAAUUAUUUGAACCAUCUAAAGUGACUGCUAAGGCUAAUUAGCUUACAAUAUGAGUACAAUAUGCAACUAUUGAAACAAAAAGAAGUUUACUAGAAAAGUAUUUUGUACAUAUCAUUUCACAAUAGACCUAUGUGCCUUGUUUAUUCACACACACCUCCUGGUCUGUGUGUCCCGAGAGCCUUCAGUCCUUGGAGGUGUUUAUUGAGUCGUUCUUAGAGAUAGACUGCAGUUAUUAUCCUGUUGAGCUAAAGACUGAAUAUACAGUCUGUUUGUUACAAUACAAGUGUGGAGUAGAUUUUUGUGAAGUGUUCAGUUCAGUUUAUUUCCACACCCAGUUGUCAGUAUUACCUCCGCCAAGAGGUCCUUGGUUUCCGACCUGUUCAUUUGCUUGUUGGUUAUUUCAAAACGCAUUUUACUGCGGCAAUGGGCCAAAGGACUGGCUAGUUUUUGUUGCAGAUAACGCCACCAUGUGGUCAUUUGCACAAUUUAUACAACCCUGAUUGUUACUGAGUCAGAAAGCAUAUGAGUACAAUUUAAGAUACCUUAUAUAUCAUUUAUAUAUCCAUAAAGGCCACACCGGUGUUUGACUACACAUGAUUUUCCACCAUUUUGAAUUUUUUGCAAAACACAUUUGUCACCACUCGUACAUAUUUAAUCCAAUUUUCACACAGUUUGUAAUAUUUAAUUGACCAUAAUAUUAUUAUUUUCCUAUUCCAUUGCCAAAUUGUAAAAUAGCAAUGUGGCUCAUUUUACACAAAUUGCCAUAAAUCUUGAUCAUACUGUCCCGUCAACCAAAUUUAGAAGGCGUCAACAUAGGAAAUUUUUAAGCCAUUUUGAUUACAGACUACGGCAAUACAUAUGCCUUUAAAUGGCCCUAAUUGUGACGAUUCUCACUCAGUUAAAAACUUGCACUACUCAUCCUUGCACAAAACCAAGGAUUUAGGUACUCUAAAAAAAACAAAAACAUAAUUAUCCUUCAGUUUACACUGACUAGCAUUUAUCUCGAUGCAGCUAUUAAACAUCUAAACCUAUUUUAAUUCACAAAAACAAAUCUAGAGGUUUGUGUAGCCUCGUUGGAGCUUUAAUUUUUGAUUACUACUUGCUCACUGUGCUUUCUACUUGCUUAGGUCUUAUUAAGAAUAUUUUGGAAAUAGACAUUGUACAUUUACAUUUAAACUGUGACGUUUGUAUCUUUUGUUGGUAGAAAUGGCACAUUCAUGGCAUUCUGUUUGGUUAGGCCAGUUUGAGAAUGAAGCCAGCCUCUCCAUUUAACGAUUAAGAGAUGCUACCACGCCUGGCUGAACUGUUGUAGUGUUGAUGCAUCUGUUUGUAACACAUUAUAACAUUCUCUACUAAAGCGUUUGACUGAACCCUGCCGGCUUAGUGUCUUCUUUUACUAAACUGUAGUGUCUCUGUUUGAUUUGGACAAAUAUUUGACGGGGGCGUCUUCACAUUCUUUUGCAGCAUUUAGGAAAUUGCACUGAUUGCGAUUUUUGCAGAUCAAUCUGCAAACCAACUGAAAAAACACAAAUCCUGAGCAAACUGAAAAUGAGCAAACCUUUAUGCAUCCAAGUGGUGUUCUAAUGGCAAACACAUCAUUUAGUGUGACAACUUAUUGCCACCUUGUUUGUGAUGGCUCUACCUGCAGUACUGCUGCUACAGAGCAAGACAUUAACUCAAACUGAAACACUAAAAUGAUUAAACACAUGCGAGCCACUCAUCCAGACUUGACAGCACCCAAUAACCUUUAUCUUGUCCCCUAUCAUGUUUUAAUCGUGUCCCUCUGCAUCUCUGCACAGACAUUACCUGGUAACAGAUCCCCCUCCUGUCAGUCUGCAGUGCCAGACAAGUGUCCUGGUUUCACUGAGGCCUUGAUUGUAUUGAGACACAAGCACACAGCAUGUCUGUCUGCACAGAGCAGGCCUCGGGCUUUUUAUGGAGCUGUCAUCCAGGCCUGGUGAGGGAACAGCUGUGGAGCCCCAUCUCUUCUCCCUCGGCCCGCCAGAGCAUUGAACCUCGGCAAAUGUCAUCAGUUUGUUAAUGCGCUGUUCCCCCUGCUGUUGAGCCUGUGCUCGAUGGCACGCUCAUUUUACUGGGGUUCAGUCAGUGGUCAUGUUGUGAGAUUUCAAAGCUACACACGGAUUUAAACACAGCAUGUGUACGGCCUGAAGUGCAGAUGUAUAUGUACACACACGCCUCAACGGCAUUGCAGUUAAACUUGCUAGAAGACAUUUUAAAUCACAGUUCAGUCAGAUCUAACUUGCAAAAGUAAUUUGACUGCGUGAAAUGUGGAUGCUCAGGAAACAGAUCACUGCCCGCCAUGUUUUCCUACAUUAAGAGCACCUGUUAUUAUUUUCAACAGCACAUACUUCUGUUUUCUUCAUUAAAACCUCAAACUUUACCUCCACGUUCUUAUUUGUGCCAAUUCAAAUUAACAUUAGCAUUAAUAUGCAGUCAGUUAUACGAGCCAGUAAGACCAACAGUUAUGACUUGUGCAGCUGCUAUAUUCAGCAAAUAAUAAGAAAUCCAGUGAAGAGCAUUUUUGGUAAGUUGGCUCAUGUUCCUUUUGUAAUAUGCUGUAAUAUAAUUAGUGGCCUGUAGUAUUUCCAUGAUGUGAUGAGACAUUCACUUACUCAUAAUUUGUGUGUAUCUUACUCCUGUGCCUGUGCUCUGCGUUUUGCACUUGAUA